AUGUUUGUUCCCCGCCCGUUCGGGGCACAUGCACGCCAGCGACGCCAGCGAGCCGAGAAGAGUGCGAGCAGUUUCGGCCCUCCAGUUCCCACGAUGCGCCGUCAUCGAGGAGCCUCUUUCCGUGGUGGGUGCGGUGCCAGCCGAUGUGCUGGGUCGGUGGUUGUCCAGGCUCCUCGCCUCCUGCGGUCGCUGCGAGGUUGCAGUGCAGAGCACAAGUGCGCAUGGCCGACAGGAAAGGCCGAUGCCCCUGGCCGACUUCGCGGCCGACCUCCUGAUUUCGGGACCUGCCGCCUUUCUGAGCGAAUUCCUGCUGCCCGACAACGACGAGGAGCUCGUGGAGGAGAUCCUGUCCAGCUUGCCCUUACCGCUCCAGGACAUGGGGAGGCACAGACUAGGCUGAACUGGCCGGAGGAUCUUUUCGACCGAUUCCCGCGCUACCUGAGGCCGUCCAGGCUCUGCCUCUUCGGUGCUUCGAAAGGCGCCAAGUGCGAUACGCACGCCGACCAUUUCGACUGGACGGGCUGGAACCUGUUGCUAGCAGGGAGGAAGCGGUGGCGGCUCCUUCCCAACACGCCUGCCGCUGCAGAGGCGCUCUGCACUUGGCGGGAGCCCUUUGGUCUCCAUGGCCCUGCCGGCGAAGAGCUCCUCUCCAUUGCUGGAAGCUGGAAUACUCAGACAGACCUCUUUGAGCAGAGUCCUUGGACAGGCUACGAAGUUGUCCAAGAAGCUGGUGAGCUGCUCCUCUUCCCCGGUGGCUGGUUUCACCAGACGAAAGCAGAGGAAGCAAGUUGGGCUGUGUGCGCCCAGCUGUUGAAUGGCAGCAACGCGGAUGCCGUCCUGCAACACAUCUGCGACUGGUGUGGCAUCCUGCGCCCCGCCUCCAAGACCGUGGAGGACGAGGUAAUCAUUUGGUCCAUCAUCACGAGCACGUACGAGAAGAUCCGCAUGCCGAAUGCAAGCAUCUCGGCGCGGCAUCACUCCCGGCUGGCGAUGUUCCUCUGCGCCAUCGUCGUGAACGCCGUGAACUUCACAGUUUUCGACUCUUUCAAGAUGUACCUCCCCUUUUUCGUGCCCUGUCUCUUUGUGGUCGUUUGUCCUCUGGUCCUCUGGACCUCCUACUGGUGCAGGGACCUUCCCGUGAAGGCAUUUCCGCACGUCAUCUACGAUGCCCGGGCGAGCGAGAUGUUCCUGAACAUUUUGAUCUUUGCGAUCCUGGUGCUUGCCAUGCUCCCAUUGCUACUCCAUGGCAGUGUUCAAGACAUUGCGGAGAGCUUGAUUGUAAAUGUCAUGGGAUAUGUGACCUCCUUCGUGCCAGUGCUCGACAACCACAUCUUCAUCAGCAGCUGCUUUGCGCUCUACGCGCUUGCAGCGGCUAUGAUCACACUUGCACAUCGAGAUCAGGCGGAGUUCACAGAAGGGAUGCGUCACAUGCUCCUACAGAACUGCGGCUAUGCGAUCUUGAGCCGAUCCCUGGUCAAGAUGACCCCGGAGGCGUAA